UAUGUCACCCUUUGCAUUUCCUCACUACUAUCUCCAAUGAAUUAAUAAAAUAUGUAGCAAAGAGUGUUCGUAGCGUAGCGUGUUGGAUAUUCAGAUGAUAUAUUUAUCACGGGAUGAGAAUAAUAACAAGCCGGUGAUUCGUGAAGAUUACUAUGGCAUUGAAAUGGCUUCUCCACUGCAUUCCGAUCAUGCUAUCUUUGAAGACGAGUUUAAGAAAAAAACAUGGAAGCAAACAAUUCUGGUCUCAUUUCAAAUAGUUGGAGUAGUUUAUGGUCAGCUGAGCACUGCACCCUUAUAUGUAUUUGGGACAAUGCAAACGGGAGAUCUUACAUCAGAGGAGGUUGUUUAUGAACUCUUCUCCUUCAUUUUUUGGACCCUCACAAUUAUCUCUUUGCUCAAAUAUGCCGUUAUAGUGCUCCAAGCAGAUGAUAAAGGAGAGGGUGGUACUUUUGCUUUAUAUUCACUGUUGUGUAGAAAUGCAAAAGUUGGUCUGUUCCCAUGUGAUAAAACUGCCAAUGAGGUGAUGCUUUGUGAGGAGAACUCUAAGAUCAGUAGUGUCAUUAAUGUUGAUUCAAGAGCACGAAGGACCAUUGAGAAACACAAGAUCUGUCACUAUUUAAUACUCUUCACAGCCCUCUUUGGUUCGUGCAUCACAAUUGGGGUUGCAGUGCUCACUCCAGCCCUUUCAGUGUUAUCAGCUUCAUAUGGUGUUCAGAGAUCCUUGUCAGACAUGGCUCACAUGUUUUCCUCGUCGCAACAUACUAAGGAUUCCGUGUCAGAGGCUCUAAAAAGAUAUGUACCUGUUCCCUGUGCGUGUGCUAUAUUGGUUGGGCUGUUCAUGUUGCAGCCCUGCGGUACACGGAAAAUUGGGUUCAUGUUUGCUCCAAUUAUUGCUUUUUGGCUGGUGUUUGUUGGUGCGGUGGAAACGUAUAAUAUUUUCUACUGGGAUGCAAAAAUUAUGUAUAAAAUAUCCCCAGUAUACUUGAUCAGAUUUAUCACAAACAUUGACACCAGCAGAUGGAGGUUGUUAGGGAGCGUCAUUCUAUGCGCAGCAGGAUCAGAGGCAAUGUUUGCAGGCCUAGGCCAUUUCUCCAAGAAAUCAAUUAAGAUAACAUUUAUAUGCUUGAUCUAUCCUCUUCUCGUUUUAUGCUAUGCUGGCCAGGCUGCAUAUAUCUCCAAAAAUUUACACACUCAUGAUGAUUUUAAUCAUCUCAGUGAAUCCAUGCCGCGUCAUUUUAAACAUUUGUUCCUUGUAUUGUCUCUGCUUUCUUCUGCUGUGGGAAGCCAAGCAACCAUAACAGCAUGCUUCUCCAUCAUUAACCAGUGCCUGGCCCUCAAUUGCUUUCCAAGAGUAAAAGUUAUUCACACAUCAAAAACCACACAUGGCCAGAUUUACAUCCCUGAUGUCAACUGGUUAUUGAUGUUUUUCAGCCUCACUGUCACUGUUACUUUCGGAGGAGAUUUGGUCAAGAUUGGCAAUGCCACAGGUUUGGCUAUAGAUUGUGGAAUGCUGGUGACAACUAGCCUGAUGUCAAUUAUCAUUGCUUUGUACUGGGAAAAGAAUUUGAUUCUAUCAGCUUGCUUUCUUGUAUUCUUUGGCUUUCUUGAGGCUGCAUAUCUUUCAGCCUGCAUGCUGCAAUUUCACAGGGGAGCUUGGUAUCUGGUUGUCCUUUUGGCUGUAUCGAUGACAAUCAUGAUUUCAUGGCAUUAUGGAACUAUGAAGAAGUAUGAAUUUGAUUUGCAUAACAAGGUCUCAACUGAAUGGCUAAUAGAUGUUAGUCCAGGCCUUGGAAUUUCCAGAGUACCUGGAAUUGGCUUCAUUUACACUGACAUAGUGGCAGGAAUCCCAGCUUUCUUUUCACAUUUCAUCACUAAUCUCCCUGCAUUUCAUCAAGUGCUCAUCUUGGUGUCCUUCAAGUCUAUACCGGUGCCUCACAUCCCGGAAAGUGAAAGGUACCUCAUAGGAAGGAUUGGGCCGAAAGAUUAUAAAAUUUAUCGUUGUAUUGUCAGGUGUGGAUAUUGUGAUAAUGUCAGGGAUACAGAUGAUUUUGAGGAGCAGAUUAUUCGUUCUAUAGGGGAAUUCAUUUCCAUUGAUCAAAGUGACAUUGAAUCCAUGGUUUCCCAACACGAAAGAAUGAUAGUUGUGGGAAAUUCUGCACCAGAAGAAAAUGCUUUAGUUCCUCUGGAUGAAAUUGUUCCAUGUAUGGGCCCGAACAAGGAAUCUCAGAUUAGCCCCGUUGGUGGGGAUGCAGCAUUGCCAUUGGAGAGUAGUAGUAGUGGUGCUUGCAAGAGAAAAAAGGUUCGAUUCAUGUUGCCUGCUAAUAGUCCUAAAAUGCAGGUAUCUGUUAGGAAAGAGCUGUUGGAACUAAUUGAAGCAAGGGAGAGUGGCAGUGCCUAUUUCUUGGGCCAGUCACAUUUGGUGGUGAGUGAAGGCUCAAACAUUCUCAAGAAAUUCUUAAUCAUGGCCUAUAGUUUCAGUGAAAAGAAUUGUCGAGAACCUCCUGUGGCUCUUAAAAUCCCUCAUGCUGCCCUUGUAGAAGUUGGUAUGGUAUGUAGCAUAUAACUAGUUUUGCUGUUUCAGACAGUAAUUUAAGGUUAAGAAAAUUAAACAGAAUCAAGGAAUGGUAUACACUGCAAAUUAAGCAAAGAAAGCAUUAUAUC